GUGCGGCGUGCGGAGAACACAACAACAACACAGCCUUGCGAGAGCGGCGGCAGCAUGGGCAGGAAGAGGAAGCGUGCGGCGGCCCUGCAGGAGGAGGAGGAGCCCGUGCCCCUGCCCUCCCUGGCGCCCCCGCUGGUCAGGGACUCCGACGAGCCCGUCAAGAAGAAGAAAAAAUGGAUCAACAAGCAGCGAGUGUUGGUCUUCGCCUCUCGUGGCAUGAGUUUCCGCAACCGCCACCUGAUGGAGGACAUGAGGACCCUGAUGCCCCACAGCAAGCCCGAGUCCAAGAAGGAGAACAAGGACAAUCUGCGAGUCAUCAAUGAGAUUGCUGAGAUGAAGAACUGUAACAAGUGCGUCUACUUUGAGAAUAGGAAAAAGAAGGACUUGUACAUGUGGGUCGCUAAUGUGCCCAAAGGACCCUCGGUUAAAUUCCUUGUCCUGAACGCACACACGAUGAAGGAGCUCAAGAUGAUGGGGAACUGCCUAAAGGGGUCGCGACCUUUACUCAGCUUCGACCCAGCCUUUGAUCAGCCACACUUUGCGGUGAUCAGAGAGCUGUUGGUGCAGACAUUCGGGACCCCCAACCAGCUUCCCAAGAGCCAGCCCUUUCACGACCACGUCUUCUGCUUCUCCAUCCUCGACAACAAGAUCUGGUUCAGGAAUUACGAGGUUUUGGAUGUGGACGGCAAGCUUUCGGAGAUCGGCCCUCGCUUUGUGCUGGAUCCCAUCAAGGUGUUUGACGGCAGCUUCGGGGGACAGACUCUCUGGGACAACCCUCAUUUCGUCACCCCCAACACGAUUCGCAGUGUCAAGAAAAAGGCUCAGUCCUUCAAGUACACGAACAAGGUGCAGCAGAAGGAGGGCUACAAGAAGAGGACCCCCAAGGAUCCCUUCCUGGGCGACCCCACCAACGACAUCUUCCAGACCAAGCCGCCCGAAGAGGCAGUCAGUGAGGAGAAGCAGAUAUUUAUCCGUAAGAAGAUAUAAGCUUAGGGACGUGUAUCUUAGGAAAUAAAGUUUAUACAUAAUUA